AUGAAGGGCGAGCAGGCUGUGGUCAUUGUGGGUGCUGGACCAGCGGGGCUGGCAGUCUCUGCCUGCCUGACCAGGCUCUCCAUUUCCAACCUCAUCCUAGAGAGAGAAACCUGCUCCGUCUCCCUCUGGAGGAACCGCGCCUACGACAGGCUCUGCCUGCACCUGGGCAAGAUCUUCUGCCAGCUCCCCCACAUGCCAUAUCCCGAGCCCACGCCCACCUUCCCCUCCAAGGCCCAGUUCAUAUCCUACGUCGACGACUACAUGGCCCGGUUCGGGCUGCAGCCCAGCUACGGCCGCUGGGUCCGACGGGCUGCGUAUGACGCGACCGCCGGAACUUGGCGCCUGGAGGUGAGCAACAACCAGUCCGGGGAGGCCGAGGAGUACACUGCAAGGUUCCUCGUUGUCGCCACCGGGGAGAACGGGGAGGGGUUCGUGCCGGAGAUUGGCGGGCUGGAUGGGUUUCCGGGUGAUGUGCUGCAUUCUAGCGAGUAUAAGUCCGGCGGGGCUUACUGGGGUAGAGAGGUUUUGGUUGUGGGCUGUGGGAAUUCCGGCAUGGAGAUUGCCUUCGACCUCUGUGAGCAUGGGGCCCGGACGUCCGUCGUCGUCCGGAAUCCGGUUCAUGUCCUCACAAAGGAGAUCGUGUACAUGGGCAUGCAGCUCCUCAACUGCCUUCCAGUCUCAUCCGUCGAUCCCUUGGCUAUUGCUCUUGGCAAGAACAUGUUUGGGAACUUGGAGAAGUAUGGGAUCUCUGAGCCCCAAGAGGGACCCUUCUUCCUCAAGGCCGCCACCGGUCGGUCGCCGGUACUCGACGUCGGCACCAUUGACAAGAUCAAAUCCGGAGAGAUCAAGGUGCGGCAUAGUAUCAAACACAUAAGAGGCGACAAUGUGGAGUUUGAAGAUGGAAAAGUUCACCAGUUUGACGCAAUAGUGUUUGCAACUGGAUACAAGAGCACUGUCAGGACAUGGCUCCAGGAGGGUGAUGGAUUAUUCAACAAAGACGGAUUUCCUGAAGCCGGGUAUCCUGAUCACUGGAAGGGAAAGAACGGGCUCUACUGUGCUGGCUUCUCAAGGAGAGGGCUCUUCGGCAUAUCAGAGGAUGCUCGGAAGAUUGCCGAUGAUAUAAGCAAUCAUCUGUUGAAUAGGCAUAAAUAA